AUGACGUCCUCGCACGACUACCUACACCCCCUUCAACAUCCCGACGAUCCUGGUGAUUUCUCGGGAUCCGAUGACGACGACCUGGACCUCGAGGAGCUUGAUCCCGACACGGCACCGCAACAAUCGUCUCGAGUCUCCCGCGACUAUACUGGACGCCCAAGGAACUAUGGCCCAGGGAUAGCCUUGCGAAAUCUACGCGUCGGCGCGGGCAAUCGGUGGAGGCGAAGCCCCUCUGGGCAAAGGAAGCCGGAUGAGGACACACAUGCGCUAUUGCAGGAGGAACGAGGAGAGGACGGCCUACGACGUUCGCAUGGCAGUUCACGGAAUAUGACGGAUGAUGAUGCACCACUGCUUGAUCGUCGGGGCUCGACUCGGUUGUUCAAGGACGAUGAAGCGACCCAAAAAGGCGGUCGUUUACGCCUUCCCAGUCUCCUUGGCCCAAGUUUCCUCCAAGCUGCCUCGAAUCGCCUCCGCAGAACCCGUGACGACCAAGCAAAGAAACCGCCCCGAGAUGUCCUAGUAGGACAAUAUCAAUCCACCAAAUACCCGCCAAACAUCGUUUCGAAUGCCAAAUACACACCCUGGAGUUUCCUGCCUCGCACGCUGUACAACGAAUUCUCCUUCUUCUUCAACAUAUAUUUUCUCCUCGUCGCUCUGUCACAAAUCAUUCCGAUUCUCCGCAUUGGGUACAUGUCUUCAUACAUCGCGCCCUUGGCGUUCGUGGUAUCCAUAUCGCUGGGUAAAGAGGCUCUUGAUGACAUUGCGCGACGACGACGAGAUGCAGAAGCAAACUCGGAGGAGUACACCGUUUUGUCCCUUGAAAGAUCGACUGCGCUGGAAAUGACCAAGAAAUCGCGCGACCUGAAAGUCGGGGAUGUCCUCAAGGUCCGCAAAAACCAACGUCUUCCUGCCGAUGUGGUGAUCUUGCAAAGUCUCUCGAGCGACCCAAACGCUGAACGUCACAGCUCAAGCUCAUUCGAUCGAGAUGCCCCCGAAGUUUCCGAUGACUUGCUUGAAUCGGAGCAAGGACCGUCCGAACCUGUCGUCGAUGCUUCCCCAAACGCCAACUCCAAAAAGGCUGCAGAUGCUUCCUCUGCCAGUGAUACUUUUAUUCGGACCGACCAGCUGGAUGGUGAAACUGAUUGGAAGCUCCGCCUACCUUCCCCCCCCGAUCAGCGGGUCAACGAGUUUGUCGGCACCAUCGAAUUGGGCCAUCCCACAGGCUUUUAUGAUACGCAUGUCGACAAUUAUUCUUCCCAGCAGCCUCAAAUCAAGCGGACACCAAACAGUGAGGGUGAAAAUAGCAACUCCGCCCCGUUGACCAUCGACAACACCGCUUGGGCGAAUACUGUCCUCGCCUCUAACACCGUCACUUACGCCGCAAUCAUCUACACUGGCUCGCAAACACGAGCUGCGCUGUCCACUUCCGCAUCCCGCUCCAAGGUGGGUUUAUUGGAAUACGAAAUCAACAACCUCACCAAAAUUCUGUGCAUUUUGACGCUUACCCUAUCCAUCGUGCUGGUCGCCUUGGAAGGAUUCGAGCCAACCAACGACAAGGAGUGGUAUGUUGCUAUCAUGAUAUACCUGAUUCUUUUCUCAACUAUCAUCCCAAUGAGUCUACGCGUCAAUUUGGAUAUGGCCAAAUCCGUAUAUGGUCGAUUCAUCGAGCGAGACAAGGAUAUCCCGGGUACGGUUGUACGGACAAGUACUAUUCCUGAAGACUUGGGAAGAAUCGAGUACCUGCUGUCGGAUAAGACAGGGACUCUGACUCAAAAUGAGAUGGAAUUGAAAAAGAUCCACGUCGGUACCGUUUCAUAUGCCAACGAGGCAAUGGAUGAGGUUGCAUCUUUCAUUCGUCAGGGUUUUGCUAGCAACACCUUGACGACCCCAUCAACGGUCUUUGGCACCCAAGCUGGUCAGGGAACAGCCCCUCGUACCAGACGAGAAAUUGGGUCUCGUGUCCGGGAUAUCAUUCUGGCUCUCGCGGUCUGUCACAAUGUGACACCGACAACUGAGGAAGAGGACGGGCGAAAAGUGACAAAUUAUCAAGCCUCUUCUCCCGACGAGAUUGCCAUUGUGCGCUACACCGAAGAGGUUGGAUUGAAGGUGGCUCAUAGGGACCGCCAAAGCAUCGUCCUCGAAUCAACCGACUCCAAACAGGUCGUUGUUCGCGUCCGCAUCCUUGACAUCUUCCCCUUCACCUCCGACAGCAAGCGAAUGGGUAUUAUUGUUCAGUUUGAGCAAUACGAGGAGGACCCUGAAACGCCUGGAAAAAAUGAGCCUGAGAUCUGGUUUUACCAAAAGGGUGCAGAUACCGUGAUGACCUCGAUCGUUGCGGCAAAUGAUUGGCUUGACGAAGAGACCGCGAAUAUGGCCCGCGAAGGUUUGCGAACUCUGGUCGUUGGACGCAAGCGCCUGUCUCUGUCUCAGUACCAGGAGUUCUCUGCCAAGUACAAACAAGCCUCGUUGUCCCUCCAGAGCCGUGAUGUUGGUAUGGCCAAGGUCGUGACGGAGUAUCUUGAACGAGACUUGGAGCUUCUCGGAGUGACUGGUGUGGAAGAUCGUUUGCAGAGAGAUGUCAAGUCAUCACUCGAGCUGAUGCGUAACGCCGGAGUGAAGAUUUGGAUGCUGACAGGAGACAAGGUUGAGACGGCGCGCUGUGUCGCCAUUUCAGCGAAGCUAGUCUCCCGAGGACAGUACAUCCAUACUGUGUCCAAGGUCACAGACAAAUCCACCGCCCAGGAGGCCCUCGACUUCCUACGCAACAAGACUGACUGCUGUUUGCUGAUCGAUGGCGAGUCACUUAACUUGAUGCUUGGCGAAUUCCGCACAGCCUUCAUUUCCGUUGCGGUCCUCCUGCCGGCCGUUGUUGCUUGCCGGUGCUCGCCCACGCAAAAAGCAGAAAUCGCCAACUUGAUUCGCCAACACACCAAGAAACGCGUCUGCUGUAUUGGUGACGGCGGAAACGAUGUGUCCAUGAUCCAGGCAGCGGAUGUCGGAAUUGGUAUUGUCGGCAAGGAAGGUCGACAGGCCUCUCUGGCAGCCGAUUUCAGUAUCACCCAGUUCCACCACUUGACAAAGCUCUUGGUUUGGCACGGCCGCAAUUCCUACAAGCGAUCUGCCAAAUUGGCCCAGUUCAUCAUGCACCGUGGUCUGAUCAUCAGUGUUUGCCAAACCAUGUACAGCAUAGCUGGUCACUUUGAUCCUAAGGGUCUCUUCAUCAACUGGCUCAUGAUCGGCUAUGCGACCGUCUAUACCAACGCACCUGUUUUCUCCCUCGUCUUUGACCGCGAUGUGGAUGAGCGACUCGCGAAUCUCUAUCCGGAGCUAUACAAGGAAUUGAAAGCAGGGAAGAGCUUGAGCUACCGUUCGUUCUUCACUUGGGUUCUUAUCUCCGUCUACCAGGGUGCCGUCAUUCAAGGCUUAUCCCAGAUCCUACUCCAGACCAUCACUGGUCCCCGCCUGAUCAGUGUCUCAUUUACGGCACUUGUCCUCAAUGAGCUGGGUAUGGUAGCUAUCGCUAUCACCACCUGGCACCCCGUGAUGAUCUUCUGUUUGGUGGGCACACUGCUUCUGUACGUCGGCAGUGUUCCUUUCCUGGGCGAUUACUUCAAUCUACGCUAUGUGAUUACCGUCAACUGGCUGUGGCGAGUCUUUGCCGUGUUGGCCGUCUCACUGGUACCCGUCUGGGCUGUCAAAUUGAUCAAGCAGUCUUGGAGCCCUCCCAGCUACCGGAAAGUACGCGGCUGA